AUGGUCAAGAGUUGGAUUGCAUUAGGUAGCAUAGUUGAUAGAAGGAUAAGUCAGGCAUAUAAUGAUGGGGUAAUAUCAUUUCUUCGUUUUGCAAUGGCGAUUAUCGAUCGAGAUGGUAAAAUUUUGUGCCCUUGUCGAAAGUGUGUGAAUGUUGUUCGUCAAAAUUUUCAAAUUGUUCAAAUUCAUUUGUUGCAACAUGGGAUUAUUCCAACUUACACUAUCUGGCACAUGCAUAGGGAACCUCGUGUAUCAAAUGAGGCUUAUCAUCAUGAUAUACUCGUUGAGGGCAAUGAGGUUUUGGGAGGUAUUGAUGCCUUAGUGAAAGAUCGAAUAAGAGGGGAAUCAACUAAUACAACUCAAGAGGAGGAGGUUCGCACUUUUGAUAAAUUAUUGAAUGAUGCCAAACAUGAGGUGUACCUAGGUUGCACAAAUUACACUUUGUUAAAAUUUGUCAUCGAGAUACUUAAUAUAAAGGUAACAAACCAUUGGAGUAAUAAGUCAGUUGACAUGAUGCUAGAGUUUUUAACAAAACAUUUACCGAAGGAUAAUUUGGUUCCAAAGUCAACUUAUGAAGCUAAAAAAAUACUGCGUGAAUUGGGUUUGUCAUACGAGCUCAUUGAUGCUUGUGUAAACAAUUGUGUGCUCUUUUGGAAGGGGAAUGCAACACUAGAUAAAUGUCCAAAUUGUAAGGCUUCUAGAAACAAGACAAAUCAUGGUAGAGGUAAGAAGAUAUCUCGUAAGGUUCUUCGAUACUUCCCGUUAACACCGAGAUUGAAAAGGUUGUACAUGUCAAGGAAGAGAGCUGAGGAUAUGAAAUGGUUCAAGGAAAAACGUCUAGAUGACGGUGUAUUGAGGCAUCCUGCAGAUAGUGAUGAGUGGAAGGAAUUCGAUACACAAUAUCCUGAAUUUGCCUUGAAGCCUCGGAAUGUGAGGCUAGGGUUGGCUACUAACGGAAUUGAUAUUGAUGUCUACAUGAGACCUUUAGUGGAAGAAUUGAAUGAAUUAUGGAAAAAUGAUGGAGAACAAAGGGUCAUUACUCUUGUUACACUUGCAAUGAUGAAAUCUUUAAGAAGUAAGACUGCGUACAGUAACCGUCGAUGCUACUUGCCUGAUGACCACCCAGAAAGGCGAAAGAGUAGAGCAUAUAAUGGCAAGCAUGAAAAAAGGAAGAGAUCUUUGGUGAUACCGAUAGAAAAGAUUGAAGAACAAUUGGGCAGCGUGACGGGUGUCACAUAUGGAAAACAGCCAAGCAACAAGAAAAGACCUCGUCAGAACCCAAAUUCGACAAAGGUAAGCAUCUUGUAUGAGCUACCGUAUUAG